AUGUUCAACGUGCUUGACCAGAAGCAGACUUGGAUUGGCAUAUCAGCAGAAGUGGAUAGUUCAGCUGUCCUGAACAAAAGGGAACUGCUUGAGAAAUCAAAAACGACAGAUGUGCCAGUCUUUGUUUUGGGAUUUGCAAGCUCUUGGACUGGCCCUGAGAAGAGUGAGCAGCGAAGCAACAAAAGGCAGAAAACGGACACUGGACCUGUAGCAAAGAAUGAUACUGAUGGUGACCAUGGUGGAGGUGCGCUGUUUGCGUUGGUGCCAUGGAACUUUCUGAAUGACUUCAAGCUGCACUUCUAUGGAUCAGUGGGGCUUGAAGGUCGCGGAACCUCAGUCCCUGUAGCACGUGUGAAAGAAUCUGGUGGUGCAUCGUUGCCAUGGCAGAUAUUCUCUGGCGGCUAUGAUUCAUGGAUGGGUUCAGAGAUGGUGUGUUUGGCAUGGAUGGUUCCACUUGUCAAGGGCACCAAAGCUGGAAAGAAGGUCAAGACAGGUCAAGUCAUUGGAAGUUCUUCCAAACAUGGCAAACAGGCUUCCACUGACCCAGCUGCUUCAACUGAGCAAAGUGGACAAAAGGAUGGUUGUAGUGGCCAAGCAGCUUAUGAGGCCAUGGCAGCGCAAGCGAUGGGGCUGGCCAAGGGAGGAGCAAAGGGAAAGAGGAAGCCCAAAAAGAAAGCCGCCAAGAAGGAGAAUGAGUCAGACUUGAUCACUGAUUUCAUCCAGUUCAUUGAAGCGCCCUUGCUCUUUGGCUGGAUUUGCGAGGCAUGUCAGUUGGUCUAUGAUGACUCUGAGAAGAUCAAGAUUCACCUUCGGGGAAGCAGUGCUUUGUCAGUGAACUUCCCGAAGCUGGUUGUCAACCACACUGCAUUGGACAGUGCAUCUUGGACUUUGGAUGAGACUGACACCGAGACAGCCAAGACGAAAGCAGGUGGCUUCUACAUCCCAGUGCAAAAAACGGUGAUGAUUGGUAUGCCCGGUGAGAGGUUGAAGUUGGCAGAGAAGUCAACAGAAGAGGAGGAUGUGAACCUCAUGGAGAAGCACAACCAAGAGCUCUUGGGAUGGGGAAACUUACCAAUUUGGCAGGGAAGCAUUGACGUUGUGACCACGCACUUGGGCACAGAGAACAGCUCUGCCAGGGCAGGACGUGGAUCAAAGGUUUCCAAAGAGGUCAAGCACCUCAUGGCUUGA